AUGAAUGCGAAGGUCUGCGUCCCGGUUUGUGGCGAUGGCAUCCUCUCGACACCCAUGGAAGAAUGCGACGACAUGAACCUGCAGCGGAGCCAGGCGAUGGAUGCAGCCCAGAUUGCAAAGUGGAGGAUCUUCUUCAGGUGCACCUAUGAUGACUUCUGGCUACGCUCCGUCUGCAAGGUGCACUGCGGGGCUGGUUGGUCCAUGUUGGUGGCUUCGGAAGCUGACACCGAAAUGGAUGGACGCAAGCACCCGUCGGAAGCCUGCGACGACGGGAACGUCUGGGAUGAGGAUGGCUGCUCCUCCACCUGCGAAUCCGAAGCUGGCUUUGAGUGCCUAGGCGGUGCUUUGACCUUGCCGCCAGGUCAACGUGCACUCCUAUCUGUGGUGAUGGCUAUCAGGCACAGAGAGCAACCAAGUGACGUGACGCGCAUAGGCCGAAGGCGGAAAAGGCCGGAGGUCGGAGGUGCCGAAGGCGAUGCAAGCGCAGGGGCCGCUUCCGCAUGCUCGCCAACCUGUGGCGAUGGUCUGCUCAACGGCGAAGAGGCUUGGGGAGUGGGCCGGGCCGCCUUGGACCUCGGUUGGGAUGCGACGAAAUUGCAGACUCACGCGGAUGCAGGAGUGCGACGGCAGCUACAGCCCUCUUCCAGGCAACGCAUCGGAGCUGCCUGUGCCGACCCCUCGGAUGGGGUCGAAGGCAAAGAAGAGAUCAAGGUUUGUGGUGACUUCCGACGCGGCCCAACAGAACAGUGCACCUUCCCAAGUAUUCUCGGCCUGGCAGUGUUUGAGCAGGGAUGGGUGUUGGAAGCCCUCGGACUCGAACCGGCGCAUUGGGACCAUGAUUCCAGGCUGGAGCUGUUCGCAAGGCCCGAGUCACCUGGCGCCAGGAGCGAUACCUGCAAGGCCAUUUGUGGCGACGGCAUCGUUGUAUCUACGGAGGUGGCUGUUCUGGCAUUGUGGCUUGCGAUGAUGGAAACCUUCGCGGCGACGAUGGCUGCACCGGAGACUGUCGCGCUGGCACCUCAAGCGAGUGAAGAAUAUGUCGAAGCACUCUUCCAGUGCUUCAGACCAGGUGCAGCUCAGCUCCUGGAGGUCAACACCAAGCCACCGCGAUUCGUUGGGGCCCACUUCGAUGAAGCCUUCGUGUCGCUGGAGCUCAACUUCGACAGCAAUGCGCCUCUGCCCGGCGAGGCUGCCGCCUGCAUCCUCGUCUCGAGCAUUCCGGUGGUGUGGCUACGGCCGUUCCAGCCUUUCCAUGCGAGGUUGCUCGGGGACGAGCCCAGCUGCUGGUGGAAGUCCCGUCAGUCUGCGGCUGUGGCCAUGGGUGGCAGCCUAGGCAUACUGCCCGGCAGUGGGGUCUUGCUCAAGGCGGGCGUGUUGCGAAGCUACACUUUCGCGAACGAAGCUGCGCCGGCACAGGAAGUGAAGGCAGAUGUUCCUGGAGGUUUCAUCGCUCCUGUGUUGUGGCCCAGGCACGCUCCGGCCUGUGCUGAUGUCACUGUUCUGAGCUCCGAGUACAGCCAGGGCUUUGCUGGCCGCAUGGCCAUGCCUCCUCGUCGCGGCCCUGGGCGUGGAGCUGACUUGGAGUUUUGCAUAAGCUGGGCGGUAGUAGCGGCCUUCAACAUGACAGCUGCUUCCUGGGACUCUGCAGAAGUUGAACGCAUACAACGUGGAAUGGAGAUGCAGUUUCAGGAUGCUGAGGUGUACCUGCCACGACAGGGAGUUUUGCUGAGCCGCCAGCUUAGCCACCCUCAUCGGCGUGCGCAAUUUCGAUCAGUCGGCAGUCAGCUGCAGGUUGGAUUCAUCUACCGCAUUUGCCUUCGUCAGCAAAACAUGCUGGACCUCGUUGGCAUCGGCUGCCACAACCUCGAGGUUCCACAGUACCCGAUGGCGCUCAAGGAGGGGCGGUGGCCGGUCUCCUACAGCAGCUGUCAUGUUGAGUUGCAGCUGGAAGUCAAAGCAGAGCUUCCAGAGGGCUGCGUCACGGGCGAUCCUCCACGGCCGACGACACUUCUGGCAGCCUCGGCCAUGAACCAGCUCUACGGAUACGUCCAGGACCAGACCCAAGUGGGUGCCGAGUUGAACAGAGGCUCCGGAACCUACGCACAGCUUGCGGCUGGAGGUUCCUCCGCAUCAAUCUCACGCAAAGCGCACAACUGGGUUCACGCCUGGUACCACACGACGACCUCCGUACUUGGGGCGAUCGCUGUUGCCACGUUGCCCUUUGCGUUUGGCUACUUGGGCUGGUUUGCUGGCAUUGCUGUGUGGCUCCUCAGCACACUUGUUUCAUACUACUCUGCCCGCCUGCUGAUCCAGCUUCAAGGUUCAGAAACAACUUAUUCCCAAAUUGCGAACAGAGUCAUGGGAGAUGGAUUUGCAAAGUGGUGGAUCCGUCCAUUUCAGUUCAUAGUCGUCUACCAGGUUACUGUUCUGACGGCACUAAUGCUCGGGCAAACGUUCUUCGCCUUGGAUGAAAUGUUUUCGCCUGCAGCGCAUCUGCAAUCUUCAUGGUGGACCAUCAUAGGUGGCGCCUUCACUUUCCUGAUUGGGCUUUGUCCGAGCCUGUCACACAUGUGGCAGGUCAGCUGUGUGGGCAGCAUAGCAGUCGUGGUCUUCGUGGUUCUGACCUUCGUGGGGUGCAUCCUAAGCAUUCUUUCGCAAGAGGCGGAUGUUGAUUUCGCCCGUCCCAAUGAUGGCGAAGGCUUCGUCUUCGGUGUUAUGAACAGCUUUGGGGUGCUCGCCUUCUCUUACGGCGGGCAUGCGGUCUUGCCAGAUUUGCAGGCAUCCUUGCAGUCUCCCACGGUCGAGCGAGCCCAUGCUGCGAUGAACAGAGGGCUCAUGGCUGCUUAUGCCGUUAUCGUACCAUGUUAUGCUGCCACGGCGACAGCAGCCUACGCUGCUUUUGGCGAGAACAUCUCCAGCUACCUACUAGACAACUUCAGCAACCUUUCAGUUGCACUGUUGGCCUCCUUGCAUGUGCUGCUCGCUGUCAACACCCUUGCGCUGGGUGCAAUCUACAUACAGUCCGGCUUUGCUCUUGUGGGGGAUAUGAUCCCAUCACUUAGCAGCGAUGGUGACCGGUACAGCUGCAAGAACUUGUUGGUCGUUAGAUUGCCCUGGGUGGCCACUGCUACAUUCGUGGCUGUCGCGAUACCAUUCAUUGGUGAUGUGGCCUCGCUUUCUGGAGCGAUCGGCUUCACUGCUAUGACAUUUGUCCACCCCUUCGUUCUGUGGGAAAACUCGCCUCUCGCGAGAGGUGCACCAGCUUGGAGGAGAGCCUGCCAUGCCUUCUUGGCCUUUACCUUCGUAGCGCUCGGCCUGUGCAGUUUCGUGGGCUCUUUGUAUUUCAUCAUCAAGGAAUCCUCAACUUACACUUUCUUUUGA